CAGUCGACAUAUCAACAUGCCUGAUCCAGCCAAGCCUGCCCCUAAGAAGGGCUCCAAAAAAGCAGUGACGAAGUCCGCCGCCAAGGGUGGCAAGAAGCGCAGAAAGUCCAGGAAAGAGAGCUACGCCAUCUACGUGUACAAGGUCUUGAAGCAGGUUCAUCCUGAUACCGGUAUUUCCUCCAAGGCCAUGGGUAUCAUGAACUCCUUCGUGAACGACAUUUUCGAACGUAUCGCUGGGGAAGCCUCUCGUUUGGCUCACUACAACAAGCGCUCCACCAUCUCUUCCAGGGAGAUCCAGACUGCAGUGCGUCUGCUUCUGCCUGGUGAGUUGGCCAAACACGCUGUGUCGGAGGGAACCAAGGCCGUCACCAAAUACACCAGCUCCAAGUAAAUCCGGAAUUUCAACGCGCUCAA